AUGGAAGCAAAGCCAGCGCGAAGGGGCAUCAAUCAAAAUAAUGAAUUUGAUUAUAAUUGUUCAAACACCUCCUGCAAACAGUGCUUGACAGUCUGCAAACAACCUUUGCCAUUUAAUUUAUCAAGAUGCGAGUCAGCAUGCAUUGCUUCUCAAACAUGUCAAUUUGGCUGUCAGUUUUAUUCGAAAUUGUUUGAUGGUAAACAAAAUGUUGAAAAUGGUACCAAUUUACCCAAUGUUUUAUCUUCUUAUAUAUCAAAUGUUGACAAUCAGUUUCUGAGUUCCACCUUUCAAUGGCCUUACAUCAUGUCAAAUAACAAUCUUGUAUCAAGCAUAUACUUGGUAACAAUUACAAAUCAAAAUGGAAUUUUUCAACAGGAAACAGUAUUAGGUUUAGUAGCAGACAACCAAAUACAAGUUAUUGAAGCAGAUGUUUGCAACAAUCUUAUUGAUGAGUCAUAUUUAUAUGAAGAACAUAAUAAUUUUAGAAUAAAUGUUUAUCCUAUUAACUACAAUGGAUACAAAAAACAAACUAAUCUAACAAGUUUCUUUUCAAACUUUAGGAAGACAGUUGGGGUAUCAAACAUAAACAUAAGCUCACAUGGAAUGUAUUCACGAGACUAUGAAUUUGAGUAUUUGAGUUGGAGCAUAACUUAUUUUUUACCAAAAGGUUUUCCUUAUUACAGUUCUGUUGGAGCUGAAACAUUACAACCCUAUUGUUUAACUAAUGAAGUUGGUGAAGAUUUUUUCCCUCCUUUUAAAGUUAUUUUUAAUAACUUAUCUGGUAAUUUUAAAAUAAUAAAUCCAUCACAUGAUCGACUUAAAGGUUGCACUAUUAGAUUAAAGAUUUUAACAAACAUUGGAAAUUGUACUGUUGGAAAUGUUUCUGAAAUAUCAUUUACUUACACAGGUUGUCAAGAUGUUUCGAAUUUUGAAAAUUGCAGCUUUAAUUUAAGUUCUACUUCUACAAAGUUUUCAAUUUCAAUUAUUGUUUGGAUUGCUGUGCCUUCUGUAACAUUGAUAAUAAUUUUGAUUGUUAUUUGUAUUUGGAAAAAAAUAAGAUCUAAUUAUUCAUCAAAAUGGAAAGAUAAUUUUUUCAGCCAAUACAUUGAUACUCAAGUGAUUUUAAAAGAAAUAGAUGUGUGGGAAAUGUUACCUCAAGACAUUUGUAUUCAAGAAAAAAUAGGCGAGGGAGCUUUUGGAACUGUUUAUAAAGGAACAAUAAAAUCUGAAAUUAACAUGAAUGCAAAAUAUGUAAACCAACAAUCCCUUCUUAAUUUUCUUGAAAAAUAUCCAGAUGGUACUGCACCUAAAGUUGUAGCUAUUAAAUGUUUAAAAGACAUUGCAACUGAAAGCGAAUUCUUGGAUUUUCGAGAUGAAAUCAAUAUUAUGAAAGAUAUUGGUUACCAUAAAAACAUUGUAAAUAUGGUUGGAUGGUCCACUUUUAAAAAUUCAUUUUGUCUAGCUGUUGAGUACAUGGAAAAUGGAGAUCUUCUAAGUUUCAUGAGAAAGAGUCGAGCAAUAAUUUGCUCUAAUGAAGAAAAUAAAAAAAAAGCUGGUCAAUUUUUUUAUGAAAAUUGUUAUUUAGAUGAUCAAAAGACUGACAAAAUGUUAGAUAACAAUCAAAUCAGCACUCCAAAUAAAGAAAGUGUAAUGAUUGCACCAAAUGAACUUCUUUCCUUUGCAUGGCAAAUUGCAUCAGGAAUGGAAUAUUUAGGAUCUGUAAAGUUGGUACACAGAGAUCUUGCUGCAAGAAACAUUCUUGUAGGAAAUAAAAGAAAUAUUAAAAUUUCAGAUUUUGGUUUAGCAAGAAAAAUCAAUGAUGAUCAAAUAUAUGUGUGCAAAAAAAAUCGUCGUUUGCCUAUUAAAUGGAUGUCUGUAGAAGCUAUAUUUGAUUCUUCGUUUACUUCUUGUAGUGAUGUUUGGUCAUAUGGAAUUGUCCUUUUUGAAAUUGUUACGUUAGGUGGAUCACCUUAUCCUAAUUUAAACAACCAUGAGCUUCUUCGUUCUCUUAAAAUGGGUUACAGAAUGGAAAAACCAGAAAACUGCGGAAACCAGAUAUAUCAAAUCAUGCAACAGUGUUGGAAUGAAAAUCCUUUACUGCGUCCAACAUUUACGGAAUUACGAGAACAUUUUGGCGAUAUUAUUGGUCAAGAAAACAACUACUUCAGUUUUGACAUUGAUGAAAGUAAAAAUUACUAUAAUGUUGCCUCCUUUAAUAGUCUUCAAUCAGAUGAGAAUCACGAAUCAGAUACAGAUGAGACUGACGACAAACUUGGUAAAGAACUCGAAAUUAUCAUGAAAAGAGUUAUUCCUUUGAAAUCAAAUUCACUUUCUAAAAGUUAUCUUCAAAACAAUUUAAUUAAUAUAAAUCGUUCCUAAUUUAAAAAGAUUAUAUCAGAAUCACUUUGGAUAACUAUUAAUGAUAACCGUAUGACAGGUUUAAUGUUUACCAUGCGACAGAUUAUGUAACAGCUUUUAAUGUUAACCAUGCGACAGAUUAUGUGACAGCUUUUAAUGUUGACAAUCUUUUUUUGUUUAUAUAUACUUAUAAAAAUAUAGUUAAAAAGUUGUUUGUUUCAAUUCACUCUAAAAAUGUACCUAAAACUUUUUUUUUUACUAUUUUAUUUUAUACAAUGUUGUUUAAAAAUUU